GUCCUGUUCAACAACCCCAGAUCAUUCACACCACGCCUGGCACCUUUUGUAUUUCCCAAUAGACCUGAGACGUUCAGAUCGACUGUGCUGUAAAAGGAGUCUGCGAAUAUGUUGGAUAAAAUUGUAGGAAUGGCAAUGCUCAUAGCAGCCACCACAAUCUUCCUCUACUACACCCUCUGGACACUUCUCAUGCCAUUUGUGGACGAUGAUCACCCUCUGCAGGCGCUGUUCCUACCCCGUGUUUGGGCAAUCCGAAUCCCCGUCAUUCUCACACUCUUGGGCUCUGCCGUAGUGGGUACUUUCCUGGCUUUGGUCAUGAUCAAAAGCAGCAGAAAGAAGGCAGCAAAGGCUAGAGCAGCAGCAGCCAAAAAGUCAAAUUAGAUGAGGAAAUCUUUCGACAGGAGAAAAGGCAAUCAGCAUAUCAAAAGAGGAGUCUUGUUCAGGAUGGCAGAAUCAGAAGUUGAAGCCUGCAUGGGAGUGGAAAGAGCACCAGAAUAUCAACAGAACAUAGGCUCAUAGCCGACAGCUCAGCAUUAUCUCGCGCCGUCUUUGGAAACGUUCUGCAAGAGGAUGCCAUAACCUGAGAGGUCCCAUGGGAUGCAACACAUGCGGCAGAGACUUGGCCUGUGUCUGAGAAUUCCCCGGCGAGCCUUGAUACACAUUUAUCACAAUCUCCAGCGUGUGUCGGCAAAACAGAACACUUGACCGAAAUGAUUCGUCCAGUCGCCUCCGACAGAACAUGGUGGCGACAGGUUCAAGAGUUUGGGAUAGCUUGGGGCGAUAUGAGAACAUAUAUACCAGGGAUUUGAAGCUGGGGCAUUCGCCGCCAGCGUUAACUGGGGACUGAGCAGGAUUUCACUUCCUGAUUGAAUCCAGAAAAGUAGAAGCCACUGGCUGUAGGUUUGAUUCGUGUUGCCGAAAAAAUCUACUUCAAUGUACUCACGAGAAAAUUGACAUGGCCAUGAACAGUACUACCCAUGCAUGUACGC